AUGGAUCAAUUGUUGUUCCUCCUGUGCUGUUCUGUGCUUAUACCUCCAACAGUCCUUUCACCAUUAUACUUAAUCACUGCCCCCAACAUUAUUCAUGUUGGGGUGCCAGAGACUAUCGCCAUUCAAUUGGAUGGAAUAGAAAAGUCUGUCAAAAUCAAAGUUUACUUAUUUGACAUUAAGACGUACACAUAUUGUUCGGAUGAAGUUGAAUUUGAACUAAACACUAAGAAUGAUUAUUGUGACUAUAAAGAUAUAGUGGCUCUUCCUCAUCGCAUCAAGGAGGCUAAAAUUUGGUCACGUCGAACCAAAUACAUUAAUCUUGUUGUUCAAUGUCCAGAACUGUUUACAGAAAGGAGAAUGGUUCCAAUCCUGCUGUCAUCAAAAAAGGGCUAUAUAUUCAUUCAGACGGACAAACCAAUAUACACGCCCAAUGAAAAUGUUCAGUUCCGGAUCUUUACUCUCGAUCAUUAUAUGCGACCAGUGGAUGAGACUAUUAAAAUAACUACAUACAACUCUAGAGACAUGCGGUUUCCCAGCUAUUUAUUGAACUCAAAAUACGGACUGUCCCAGAAGCUAAAGAUUCCGGAUAUCGCAAAGAAAAAUAGCAGUGUAAAUGACAAAGUCGGGGUGGGGAACAGUUCGAGAAAUGUGUGCAAGAGAUCUUUCUGGAUCAGUGGGGAAAUGGAAGAGGCCGAAGUCAAAAACGUUAAGCUUGUUUCCUCGCCGUACAUAAUCGAUUUGUCAAAAACAAGAGAUUACUUUGCACCACGGUUUCCAUUCUAUGUGCUGGCCAAGGUAACAUAUCCUGAUGGAACUCCUGCCUCGGGUGUUCCUGUUAGGCUGGAAGGAACAAUGCCAAAAAAUACAAUGGAAAACGGACAGGUCGAGUUGAUAAUACAAAAGCUGGCUAACAAGACAGAUCCUUUUAACAUUAAGGUGAUAGCUGGGGAUGGAGCAGAAACCACUGAAGCGAACAAAAAUGUGAGCAUGUACCAUUCCAACAACAAGAGAUAUCUCAACAUCAAUGUGCCACGAGAUGUUAUAGAUCCAAGUAGCUCAAUUUUGGCAGAAGUACGAUCAGACUCUACUCCAGACAGUCAAGAUAGCAAACAUUACUACUACAUUGCUAUUAGCAAAGGCAAAAUUCUUAAAAUGGGUAAAGCUCUGAAAGGGGAUUUCGUAAAAAUCCCCGUCCAACUGAGUACAGCCAUGGUUCCUGCGUUCCGGCUAGUCAUCUACUAUUACGCCAAUAUCAAGGGCAAUACAGAGAUGGUGGCCAAUUCUGCCUGGAUUGAUGUGAAGGAUGUCUGUGAAGGCAAGAUUACAAUAAAAGAUAUGCCCGAUACAUACAGACCAGGAUCGAUGGUCAGCCUGCAUAUUAAAACUGAAGACCAAGGCAAACUGUCCCUGGGCAUUGUGGAUACAGCAGUCUAUGUUCUCAACAGCAAGAAUAAACUGAAACCUGCGAAAGUCUUUGAAGAGAUGAAUUCUUAUGACCUUGGAUGCACUUAUGGAGGUGGUGCUAACAGUGCUGGUGUUUUCAUGGAUGCUGGCCUGACAUUUAUUUCCAACGUUCACGUGUCGGAAAUUCGAGCUGGAUAUUCCUGCAAAACAGAUAACAAAAGGAUGAAAAGAUCAUUGGACAUUCAACAACAGUAUAUGGGAAAAGCAAACCAAUAUAACAACAAUCUAAAGAAGUGCUGCAUGGAUGGAUUAACGUUAAUUCCAAUGAAACGUAGCUGUAAAGAUCGGGCAGUUCGUAUCAAAGAGGAUGAAUGCAGAAAGGUUUUUCUCACUUGCUGUGACUUUGGCGUGGAAGUGAGGAAGAACCAGUCACAGAAGCUCGAUACAAUCGGAAGACAGAUAGGAGAUGACGAGGAUGAUGUCUUUGAUGAGUACAGUGUCAAUAUUCGCAGCUAUUUUCCACAGAGUUGGCACUGGAAAACAUAUUCUGGUACACAUGCAGGAGAGAACCAGUUUAAUGUUGUCCUCCCUGAUUCAAUAACAACAUGGGAAGUUCAGGCGGUCGGCAUGUUUAACAAUAAAGGUUUUUGUGUUGCUGAGCCGAAGACGAUAAAGGUGUUCAAGAAGUUCUUCAUAUCUUUGCGGCUACCGUAUUCAGUCAAAAGAAAUGAGCAACUGGAAGUGAGAGCAAUAUUGUACAACUACCACUACGAUGAAAUUCAGGUGAAAGUAUAUAUGAAGCCAGUGGAUAAUCUUUGCAGUCCUGCCACAGGCAAGAAUCAAGAAAGAAAUGUGACAGUUCAAGCAAAGUCAGCCCUUCCUGUAUAUUUCUCUGUGGUUCCUUUAACCAUUGGCGAUAUACCCAUCACAGUAGCUGUACACACAGUGGGUUUUUUUAAAUUAAGUGAUGUUGUUACAAAGAAACUGAAAGUGCUGGGGGAGGGUGUCUUGAAGACAGAAGAGCAAAGUAUUUCCAUUGAUCCACGUGGCAAGAGUUCCUAUCAAGUGCUCGAGGCAAAACCUUCCAACGUGGUUCCAGACACCAAGUCUUAUCUUUAUGUCCGUGCAAGAGGUCACGUGAUGGGAGAAACUGUGGAAAACAGCCUAUCACCAGAAGGAAUCGACAAGCUCAUUCAAUUACCAACAGGGUGCACUGAGCAAACAACAUCUAAAUUGGCCCCAACUGUGUUUGCUGUCAAUUACCUCGACAAAAGUGACCAAUGGUUACAUCUAAGACCAGAAUUAAAGGAUGAAGCACUCAGCCAUAUUAGAGCAGGGUACAAAAGGAUAUUGGAACAUAAAAAUGCUAACGGAGCGUAUGGAAGUUUCAACGAUUACCCUGGCAGCACGUGGUUAACCGCAUUCAUUGUUAAGAUACUAUCAAUAGCUAGUACUCAGGUCGAGGUUAAAGAAGACAGUGUUCAAAACUCCAUCUCGUAUUUGCUGAAGAAUCAGACCCCAGCUGGAGAGUUUUACGAUGCCUUUCCCAUGUUUCCAAAUUUACAGGGUGGAGUUAAGAAAGGAAGCGCGAAAAUUCCGACGACAGCCUUUGUCGCAAUAGCACUGAUGAGAUCCCGGAUUUUCUUUCACAAAGAUCUUGAAAUCCAAAAACACCUGAAUGCAAACAUUUCCAAAGCAAUUGAAUACCUUUCUGAGGAGCUUGCCAAUAUUGAGCGCCCAUACUCAUUGACCAUCACAGCAUAUGCCCUUGCAUUGUUUGACCCUGAAAGCUCGGCUGCUCGUGAGGCUGACGAAAAGUUGAAAGCGAUAGCCAUCUACGAUCAAGAAAACGCUGUCCGUUUUUGGGAUGACGAAGGAGCAUCGCACAGUGGAGGAGCUGGGCAGUCAGGAAGAGGUCAAGCGUCGGCUGUGAAUGUGGAGACCACGGCUUAUGCAUUGCUUCAGACGCUGGCUAUGAAAGACCUGCAGUACGCCAAGCCUAUCGUCAAAUGGCUAACAGAGCAGCGGAGCUUCGGUGGAGGAUACCGUUCGACCCAGAGUUUUACCAUUUUCGCAAAAGCUCCAGAAUACAACUACGAAGAUUAUGACGAGCUCGUGCCAGCCGAUCAACCCCUGAGCGAAAUCGACUGGUUUGACCUUCGAUCCCGGGCAAGGAGACAGGCCCCAGAUCCUGAGGAAGACAGAACAAUAUAUUAUGAAGUUUGUGCAUGGCAUAUGCCGGACAAGACCCAGAGGGCCUCUGGAAUGGCCAUUGUGGACAUUUCGCUACUCAGUGGAUUCGAACCUAAAGCUGCCGAUUUGAAUAAGUUAAAAAAACUUGUAGAUCGGUACAUCAAUCAAUAUGAGUUCAAGAAUGGGAGAGUGCUGCUCUAUCUUGAUAAGGUCACUGAGCACAGAGAAUGUAUCGUGUUUGCCGCAAAGCAAAUCAUUCCCAUCGGAUUAAUACAGCCGGCAAGUGCGACACUCUACGACUAUUACAAUCCAAGUACAAAAUGCAGUAUAUUUUAUAAUGCUCCAGAACAAAGCACCAUUGUAUCGAAGCUCUGCCAACACGAUGUUUGCCAGUGUGCUGAAGGUCGUUGCCCUCGCAUGAAGAAAACAUUUUCUCCAGAAUUGGCAGAAGAUGCGCGGAUUCAGUUUGCCUGCUACAAACCCAUUGUGGACUACGCAUUUGUUGUCAACGUGUUACAAAUCGAUACGAUAGGGAGUUUCCAAGUUUACAAAGUUGCCAUCACAAAGCGGAUCAAACUUGCCAGCGACGAGGGCAUUCAGGUGAAUGAUGUCCGGCACUUCCUCAAACAGACGGCGUGCCCUUUGAAACUGGAGCCUCUCAAAUCUUACCUCUUCAUGGGAAAGGACGGCCAGACCAAAGAUGAAAAUCACAACACACAGUAUAUUCUGGAUUCAAAGUCUUGGGUUGAAGAGAUGCCGUCGCAAGAAAAAUGCGAGGGCACGAGACAGAGAAGGAUCUGCAAGGAAUUGAAUCAGUUCACUGAUGACCUUAAAACCACUGGAUGUCAAUUAUAAAGAAGGGUGCUAUGGACUUUUAUUUUGUCAUGUAAUCUGCCAAAUUGCUGCACGCCUCAUUUUAACCUGCUCCAGAAUAAAAAA